GACACGAAGUUGGUUUGUCGUUGUCCCGAGCCCAGGUACAGGAAUUUCCUCGGCUCCCCACAUCCCACAGAAUCCCACUUCAUUCCCUAUGGAGCCCGCGGACAGGCUGCCCGAGAGCUGUCCACCGGUGGGAGGAUGCAAGCAGGACUGACGCCUCUAGGCCAAGCCACAGCGUCCCGGGGCUCGCCUCCCUCAGGGGCCGUCCCCUGCCCUCCCCCGAGCCCGCCGGGGAGGGAGUGGAAGCCGGAUCCCGCUCUUUCGUUUUCGUUUCCCGGAAGGAUAGCGAUUACUGAAGCUCCCUGCGCGCCUGCUCGCCCAGGAACCCGAGCGCACACUACCCGGAGCUUCUCAAAGAGAUUUCCUCCCAAGAGAUGUUCCAGUUCUCCGGGCCACGCUAGGGGUUUGGGAAAGGAGGGUCUCAGAACGCAGGCCUAGGGCCCAGCGAGCAGGCUUUGGAGCGCUCACGACCGACAGCCCGGUGGCUCCCUCAUUUCCACCUGUAAUGCAGGAGGUAGCAUUGGCUGGUUCUCCUGUGAGCCUCACAGCAGCCACGCCACCCCCAGGGACCCAAGACCAAGCCAGAUGGGAAGCUCGAGUGGACCUGCUGGGUGAGGGGGGAAUCUGCAAGCUGCCAGGAAGACUCCGCAUCCAGCCUGCGCUCUGGAGCAGGGAGGAUGUGCUGCACUGGCUGCGCUGGGCCGAGCAGGAGUACUCGCUGCAGCGCACCCGGGAGCAUGGCUUCGAGAUGAAUGGCCGUGCCCUCUGCAUCCUCACCAAGGACGACUUCCGGCUCCGCGCGCCAGGUUCAGGUGAUGUCCUAUAUGAGCUGCUCCAGUACAUCAAGACCCAGCGGCAAGCCCUGGUAUGUGGGCCCAUUUUUGGAAGUGCCUUCAGGCAGAAGAUGCCCACUCAGCACUGCCCCUACCCCAUGCAAGGGACCAGGCUCUCUCAGAUCACCCUCCAAAGGGGCCUCCUGCAGCAGCCACCAGACCUGGGGCUUGCCAGUUCCUUGAGCCACCUGGAUGCCCCUGGCCUGGACAGGUGGCCCCUCGGCAGAGAGGAGUCCCUCAGCUUAUCUCACUGUGUGAAGCUCGGCUGCAGGGCUGAGGGAGUCUGCUCCUUCCCCACGGUGCCACAGGCCCCCAUCGACGGCAGGAUCGCAGACUGCCGGCUGCUGUGGGAUUACGUGUACCAGCUGCUCUCUGACACUAGGUACGAGUCCUACAUCAGGUGGGAAGACAAGAACGCCAAGAUCUUUCGAGUUGUGGAUCCUAAUGGGCUCGCCAAACUCUGGGGAAACCACAAGAAUCGGGUGAACAUGACCUAUGAGAAGAUGUCGCGUGCCCUGCGCCACUACUAUAAGCUGAAUAUCAUUAAGAAGGAACCCGGGCAGAAACUCCUGUUCAGAUUUCUGAAGAUACCUGGGAAGACCAUCCAGGACAAGGGCAGCUGCCUGGAGCAGCUGGAGAGCCAGGAGCAGGACAGGAUGGAUUUCAAGGAAGAGAUGCUGGAAGUCUCUCCAUGAGAGACACGCGAACUCAAGGCACCGGGCACCGAUGGGACAGACUGAGUCUCCCAUGAAGGCAGCUAACUUCAUGACCUCCUCCCUCCUCUCAGAGCAUAAUGGGUCCCCGGCUAGAUUUUGCACUCACAGGAUCACAGCUGUUGUGUCAGACCUCAAAGCUGCCUGGAGCCCUGAGCAGGCUGAGAACUGGGAGGCCCACAUCCGGGACAUUGUGGGGCAUCAUCCUUUGGGUAGGGCAGCCCUGGGGCUAAGCAGGGGCACAAGGCGUGAACUCUCUCCCCGUCCUACCCCUGGGUACCUGCCCAGCUUGAGAGAGGUAGCUGGGUCCUGAGAGCAUCCAGCCUAACUCCUUCAAUUUACAGAAGAAGGAAACAGGUUUUGUACUGAGCCUCAGCCUUUUCAUCUGUCAAAGGGACCAUUUCAUGGAAACCUGCCCUCAGGGGGCUGAUGCAUAAAAUGGACAAAAGGAUUAUUGCUUUGUCAACCUUAGUAAUAGUGAAAACAGUGAUACCUGACGUUUAAGGGCUGACUGUGUGCAGGCCUGGUGCUAAGGGUCCUACCUAUAUUUUAUCUUAUUCAAUUCACACACUAGCCCCAUGAGGUUUAAAGACAGGGAAACAGAGACAGACUUGCAGAGAUGGGCUGCCUUUCCAGAACCCAGUGCUCUUACCUGUUUGCUUUUAGUGCCUCUGAGUGUCUUGGGCACUUCUCAAGCAGAGGCCAUGUCCCUACCCCUCUGCCCUCGGAUUCUUGUGAAAUGGUUCAUUUCACUUGGCCCAAACCCUUGUCCUCAGCGAAAAAGUCCUUCGGCGACUCUGCGACUAUGAUCCAGUGAAGAUUGCCACCCUUCUCCACCUGUGGCUUCCUGUGCUCCUGUGCCUGUAACUGCCAUCUGACUUUGUUUCACCUCUCUGGAGCCUCCGGUUCCUCGUCUGUAAAAUGGGAAGGCCACUCUCUACUGACCUCACAGUAUAGCCAGAAACCUUUAGGAAGACAAUAUUUGCGAAGAGCUUAGUGUAUGCCUGCUCUGUAGGAGCACCUCGCCUGUUUUAGCUUAGAAAACUCUGCAAACCGAAAACUGCUCUAAAGCAUGAAAAUGCUUCUGUCUCCUCUCUGCUCCCCAACCCCCAAGACUGGCUGGGGCCUCCUGGGGAGGUUGAGGAGCAAGGGAAAAGAGUGUUUUCACUUAGUCGGAAUAAAACUUCUUAGAUUUGUAUCUUCUUUCUUAAAA